GAAAACCGUGGUGUGUCCCAUCAUCGACGUGAUCAGCGACGACACCUUCGAGUACAUGGCGGGCUCGGACAUGACCUACGGGGGCUUCAACUGGAAGCUGAAUUUCCGCUGGUACCCCGUGCCCCAGAGGGAGAUGGAGCGCAGGAAGGGCGACAGGACCCUGCCCGUCAGGACCCCAACUAUGGCUGGUGGCCUGUUUUCUAUUGACAGGAGCUACUUUGAAGAGAUAGGAACUUACGAUGCAGGAAUGGAUAUCUGGGGUGGCGAGAAUCUUGAAAUGUCCUUUAGGGUAAUUCCUCUUUUCCUUCCUUUUCUUUUCCCCCACCAAAAAAAUAACCCCCAUUUGUGCUGUCAUUCCUUCAGGGAGCUCCUGCUUUAGCUGGCCUGCAAGUCAUGAUUUGUCAUUGUUUAAUAAAUAAUUAAAAGAUGGAAUUUUUGAAAUUUUGGGGGAACCUCGUUGGGGUGUUUUGGGAUUUUUUUGCUGCGUGGAAUAUUUUAAUAUUGAGGGUUUUAUCCUUCCAAAAUUCCAUAUAAUUUAGUCAUUCCUUCAUGGAAGAAACGAGGUGCCCAGUGGAAACUUGAUAUGAAUUUAUGUUAAAAAAUUUUAGGGAAAAAAAUUAAGUUUUUAGGGAACAGAUUUUUCCAGGGAGCACCAGCUGGGAAUUUGAAAGCUUUCCCAGGCCAUUCCUCUGAACUUUAAUUGUUCCCUUUGCAGGAAAAUCAAAGGGUUCAGUUCCCCUCCUGAGCCUGGAUGCUUCCAGUGAGGAGAUUCCCACAUUUUUGGCUGCUUUAAAUCCUAAAAUUCCUCCUGGGGUGUUCCAAGGAACAGGAAUUCUUUUCUGUGGUUUUCCAUGUUCUGCAGGAGAUCCCUGGAGUGCCAGGCACUGUUAAACCAUUCCAAAUGUGCCCUUCCACCCUAAACCAGUGAAUUAAUGGGGUCAGGGGUAGGGAAUAAAUUGGGAUACUGCCGUGGGAAAUUCAGGGAAUCACCUGGUGCUGUUUAUUGGGAUUAAUUAGAGCCUCUGGAAGGAAAGCCAACUGAAAAUCCGGGAAUAUUAUGUGAGACUUUAUCAGGGACAUCAAAUCCCAGCUGAGGGAACAAAUCCAUGGGAAAUGGAGGGCCAGGAGAGCUGAAGGAUCAGGGAGGUUCCUCCAGCUCCAGAGCUGCCUUUUUCCCGUGGGAUUUGGGAAUUUCUCUUGUCAGGAAAACUCUGGGAGCAAUUCCUGCUGUGGGAUGGGAGUGAGGCACAGGAGUGUUCCUGUUCUUACACCCAGGAUUUUAUCCCAAAGGCUGGGAGGAGAUUUGGGACUGGUUCAGAAUAAUAAAAAUAAAUCCCAAAAAUUGAAAUCCCAAAAAAUAAACCCUCCCCCCCAUAUUCUGUGAAUUCCUGAAUCCUCAUAAAUGUUAUCCAGUGCCUUUGCUUUCCCUGGAUCGCGUCUGUCUCAUCUGCUCCCAGCUCCAACAUUAUCCCAAAGAAUCAUUGAAAGGAUUUCCAGCUUUUUUGCUCUCAGGGCCAUUUCCAGGAGGAGCAUCCAUGGGCUAUAAUUUGAUUAUUUUGGGAAAAUCCAUGUUUUUUUCUUUUAGCUGCUUCUUGUUGGUGAUGGGUCUUUAAUGACUCCUGUUAGGAAU